AGCGCGUCCCAGGGAGGGCAGGGGGCGGGGGGCCAGCUUCACCUGCUCAGGUCGGAGGGACACACGCAGAGGUGCGGCUGCGUGCACACGCACCCACACACGCUCUGUCACGUGCACAGGUGCAUGCAUAGCGCGCCGGUACACGCGUGAACACGCACAGGCCUCGCCCUCACAUGUGUGCACACAUGUGCACACACAUGCAGCGUGCACAUGGCCAAGGUCCAGCUUUGUGCACACGCACCCUCACCCCUGCCUCAUGUCACUCCCGCCCUCGGCCCCCAGACGGCACCCUCCUCGCCUGAGGAGCGAGGAAGAUGAAGGCGCCGAGGGCCUGGCUCCUGUGCCUGCUGCUCCUGGGCCUGGCCCUGCGGGCGGCUGCGGGCCGCGCCCGCCAGCUCUCCAUGGAGACCCGCGCCCCCGACAUCAACCCUGCCUGGUACAGGGGCCUUGGGAUCAGGCCCGUGGGCCGCUUCGGCCGGAGGAGGGCAGCCCUGGGGGUUGUCCCCAAGCCUGGCCAGCGACCCCGGCCAGCCUGCUUCCACCUGGAAGGCCGUGCUAGGUCCUCCCAGGUCGGGUGACCGCCAGCUCGUCAAGAAAAUGACUCCGGAGCCUUCCCUACCCCAC